AGAUUCCCUUUACUCACUAGCAUGUGGCAACUCUUUGCUUCGGUGAGCUCUCCCUGUCCCCGCCUUGACACCUCAGAAAUCUCGCCCUGCUCUCUCCAAUUCACUCUCUCGCGUUUCUCUAGCUGCUAUGGCGUCCCUGAUCGAAUCUGCUUGGCAGUUUUUGAUCUCACAAUUCAGCGACUUUCAACUGGCAUGCCUGGGCAGUUUCUUUCUCCAUGAAAGUGUUUUCUUCUUAUCUGGACUUCCCUUCAUAUGGCUUGAGAGGGCAGGAUGGCUGAGCAAGUACAAGAUCCAGGCAAAAAUCAACAGCCCUGCAGCUCAGGAGAAAUGUGUUCUUCGCUUAUUGCUGUAUCAUUGUGGAGUCAAUCUGCCUGUUAUGAUAUUUUCAUAUCCUGUCUUUAGAUACAUGGGCAUGCGAAGUAGUCUUCCACUGCCGUCCUGGAAAGUAGUUUUAACGCAGGUCCUCUUUUACUUCGUUUUGGAGGAUUUUGUAUUCUACUGGGGACAUAGGGUAUUGCACACCAAAUGGUUGUACAAACAUGUUCACAGUGUUCAUCAUGAGUAUGCUACACCAUUUGGACUUACUUCUGAAUAUGCUCAUCCUGCUGAGAUACUUUUCCUUGGCUUUGCUACCAUUGUUGGUCCUGCAAUCACUGGCCCUCACCUGUUGACCCUAUGGUUAUGGAUGGUUGUGAGAGUCCUGGAGACAGUUGAGGCUCACUGUGGUUACCAUUUUCCCUGGAGUCUUUCUAACUUCUUACCUUUGUAUGGGGGAGCUGAUUUUCAUGACUAUCACCACCGUUUGUUAUAUACCAAGUCCGGAAACUACUCAUCAACAUUCACCUACAUGGACUGGAUAUUUGGAACUGAUGUUGGUUACAGAAAGUUGAAAGCGUUAAAGAAUGUGAGAAUUGAAGAAAAUAGCAAGGAAAAGAAGCAAUGGUAGAACAAAUUUUGGUCCGCUGGUGCGAGUUUUUCAUUUCCAAUUAAAGGACAUAUUGGAAAAUGUCUUUUCACCUUGUUUGUUUGUGUUUAGUUACUGUUCUUGUCUAUAGUUUGCAGAAGGGUUCCUUUGGGUAUCUCUGCCCUGUUAUUCAGACAAAUGACCUUAUACAGUUUUUCAAUUUUCGGAUAUUUUCGUGUAUUACUCGGCUAAUGAUUAUUGGCAAUGGACUUUAUUGUGAAUUUAGUGUGAACGACUGUCUCUUGCAUUAUUCCCAAGCAAAUAUAAACCGAAUUGAAGGGCUAAUAAAAUAUCUAUGAUUGUUAGUUCCUUUU